AUGUUUCCAAAAAAAUUGAUUGUAAUUGGUCUUUCUGGUGUAACUUGUGGUGGAAAAUCUACUUUGACUAAGAGACUUCAUAAGGAAUUAAAAAAUUCAGUUACAAUAAAUCAAGAUGACUAUUUUUUGCCAAUAGAUGAUCCACGUCAUAUAAAAAUAGUGGAACUCGAUCAACUGAACUUCGAAGUUAUAACUAGCAUAGAUAUGGAUAAAAUGCAAUCAGAUGUUUUAAAAUUAAUUGAAUCAUUGCCGAACAAAAAUAAUUUCGCGGAAACGAACGAGAAGAACGUUCUAAUACUCGAUGGUUUUUUACUUUUUAAGUGUAAGGUUAUUUCCGAUUUAUGCGAUAGAAAAUAUUUUUUAACCUUAAAUAAAGAAGAAUGCCAAAAAAGAAGGGUGGAAAGAAUUUAUGAUCCCCCAGAUGGUCCCGGGUACUUUGAAAAGGCUGUAUGGCCAGAAUAUUUGAAACAUAUGGAUGAAUUAAUGAAAGACAAAGAUUUAUACAAGACGAUAACAUUCAUUGACGGAUCGAGAAAUAAAGAAGAAAUAUAUCAAAUGGUUUUUGCAGAAAUAAAAAAAUUGUUAUCUUAAAAUUUUCAUCAUGUCAUUAUUACACAUGAAAGAAAAACACUUAAAACUAAAAAUAAAUAUACACCAUGAACUGGUCUGGAUAUUUAUGUAGCAUUCAGUGAAGACAAAGUGAUGUAAUAAACAAUAGCUAUAUAAAGAAAUAUUUCCUAUACAUUCCAGAUUACUUGAUACAAGAUGUAAAUAAAAUUAUGAAAUAUCCUUUCUAAUAACCUAAAUCAUUUUUAUGUUACUUUGUUAAGUUUAGAAUAAAACAAUUGCAAUAGCACAUUCAUCUAGUAUAUUAAAUGUUUAUAUCAAUGGAUCACUUCAGAUUUUAUUGUAAAAAGCGUACUUCACUUACCUGGCACAAUUGUGCAUUGAGCGUUUUUUUCAUGAAUUGUAAUUAUAUCUGUGUUCAUCACUUUUGUUUCUGUGACAAAUAUAUGUACAUAUAUCAUUGUUGCA